GUUUAAGACGUGCUAUGGGCAUUUCGAAUGACUGGUCAUGCCAUUUGACCUUACGAAUGCCCCGACCACUUUCCAAGCGGCUAUGAGAACGUAGUUCCGACACAUGCUGGAUCGAUACGUACUUAUCUAYCUCGACGACAUCCUGGUGUACAUCUGGAGUUUGGAGGAGCAUGUGGAACACCUGCGCACCGUUUUGGAGCGGCUACGACAGGCCAAGUACAAAGCAAACCGCGACAAGUGCGAGUUCGCACGACAGGAGCUGGAGUACUUGGGACAUUAUGUGACGCCGCAAGGCAUCCGUCCGCUUGCGGACAAGAUCGAGGCCCUACGAGUAUGGCCCAAGCCCACCAACACCACAGACAUUCGUUCAUUCAUGGGAUUGGCGGGCUAUUAUCAGCGAUUCAUCACCGGAUACUCCAGGAUUGCUGCACCUAUGACGAGGUUACAGUCGCCAAAGGUGCCAUUCGUAUUUGAUGACGACGCACGCCGAUCAUUCCAAGCACUUAAGACGGCUAUGCUCAUGGCACCCGUCCUUAGCAUCUAUGACCCCACCUUGCCGACGAGAGUGACUACGGAGGCUUCUGGCUGUGGCAUUGGGGCAGUCUUGGAACAGCACGACGGCGACGACUCGCACCCUGUGGAGUAUUUCAACCACAAAGUGCCUCCCAUCAACUCGCUUGAUGAUGCAAGGAAGAAGGAGCUACUCGCGUUCGUCAUGGCUCUCAAGCGAUGGCGGCACUUCCUCCUUGGGCGUCGUAGGUUCACAUGUGUUACGGACAACAAUCCAUUGACCUGCUACAAGACGCAGGAUACGGUGAGCAGCACGAUUGGACGAUGGAUGUACUUCAUCGACCAAUUUGACUUCACACCGAAACAUCUUCCCGGCCUCUCAAAUCGCGCAGCAGAUGCACUCUCGCGAAGACCCGAUCUUUGCGCUAUGACACAUCAUGCCUUCGCAUUCGACGAGGAGCUUCAGCGACACUUCAUCCGGGCAUACGAGUCUGAUCCGGACUUCGCCACGCUGUAUGCACAGCUAUCUUCGGAUCACCCGCCGGCCAGCCAUUACCGCAUUGCCGACGGGCACUUGCUCCUCCACUCGGGAGACAAGGACUUACUAUCCCAAAAGGCAAUGAGCGGGAGGGAGAAGAUGGACUUUACCCGAGGACAAGGGGGAAUGACAACGUCCCAAACGGGACAGUCGGCAUCACAGUCAGGUACAACACCGACAACAGGCGAAGCCAAAUCGCGAUCUUUGGGACAAAAGGCGAUGGACUUCCUUAUGGAGAAAACGCAGGUUACGGCGGAGAUCAAGAUCACGAAAGAAGUAGUCAAGGGAGAGGGUGGGAAGGAAGAGGAAGUGGACGUUUGGGAAUAUCCUGAAGAGGAUAUCCAAUCUCUGAAUGAACUGUACGUGAAGCAUGCGGUUUUGUUCAACUUCUCGGGAAGAAGCAGGGRGCUUUCUUUAAAUGAGAAGAGAAGAUGGGUGAGGGACAGACUGUUAGCUAUGGAGGAUAUACCCGGGAAGGAACCAAUGGUGUCAUUCCACAAGAGAGGAAGGUUUGUCGUGAUGAUCGUCUGCGUGGAUCCUACCUAUGCCCAGUACCUGCUGUCGAUCGGCUCUUUAAAAUGCAAAGGGGCAAUAGUCACAAUUCAACCCUGGAAGCCGCCAAGACCACCCCAAGCCGAAGCAUCAAGACACAAACAAUCAAUGCUGAGGAACCAUUUCUGGGUUCAGUUUGACAACUUAUCGGAAGGGAUGCACAGCUUCGUGCAAAGAAGACUGCAGGAGGAAUUUCCGAGCAAUCCAAUCAUAGAAUGGCUCYCGGCCAACCCCGACUUCCUGGCGCCAAAUCACGAUGCAAGGGUGGCUUGCUUGGAAGUCAAGUCAGGAGCACCGCCGAAGUUCCCGGAUCAAUGGAUUUUCAAGAAAAGUGGCCAGAGAAUCACAGUCUUCAUCUCGACCAAGACCAACCCCUUCUGUUUCAAAUGCAAGGGUAGAGGUCACCUGGGAACCUCUUGCCCACAAGGCGAAGCAGGAGCAACAGGAGGAAAAAAGGUGGCAUUGAGACAAUCUAUGCUACAGGAGUGUGAAAGCAAGCCAGGAGUCUGGUACAUCAAUACCUCCUUAUACAGGGGUUGGAUAUUCGAUGACAACCAGGAAAAUCCAAGGUGGGUUUGGGUGCUGAAGAAGGAUCCAACGGUCAAGCCGGACAUCUAUCCACCAUACGACAGCAGGUGGAGACACACAGGAGCUAAGAGAAUGGAAGACAAGGAAACCGGUUUCAUCGUCAAACCAAUGUUGGAUGAUGYGRUCAUACAGGACDAUGAGCAGAGAYUGAAGCUCAUGGAGGAACUACAUGAGGUCGGUAAAAACKCGGAAUUGGCUUUCUUGGAAAAUGCACAAGUCAGAGCACARCAGCAGGAGCAGACAAGAGGCAAGGAGGRCAGGUCAAAAGACAUGGAGGAGGGCGAGGGAGACARMAUGGACUGYGAAGAARGAAGGAAGGGGGGAACARAGGGAGGAAGUUUCUCCACAAAGAGGAAGGGAGAGUCAAGAGGAGAAGAGGGAUCUAAUGCUCAAGAAGGAGAGUCGCAACAGGGAAAAAGGAGACAAAAGACCCAAUCAGGGGAAGGGGCCACCACAGGAGAGGAAGAGGAAGAGGGCAGAACAAGCAUGGAUUCAUCAGAGACUUCGGGCAAAGAUAGUGAGGCAGAGUCAACCUCACAUGACUUGACCUCAAAGGGCACCAGGGCAGGAGAGGAAGGGACAGGCAUUGCAGAUAAGAGAGAGGACUUGACACACAAGGAUCAUCUAGGGGGAUCAUCACAACAGGAAGAGGACAGAGGCAGAUCUCAGGGGGCCCAGGGACAUAUAACAGCGGAGGAAGAACAAAGGGUAAGAGAAAGAGCAGGAAGGAGAGGCAUGCAAAACACUGAGAACAUGUCAGUGGAACAGAUACUUCAGGCAGAAGAGGACCAAAGAGAGGGUUCACCAGACACAAAAGGCGAAGCUUCAUCAGAAGAGGAUGAGGAAGAGGAGGAGGAUGAACAGGAAGACGCUGAUGUGGAGGAUUGCACAACAGAACGGUGGGUAAAAGAGGUGGAGCAACUGGAAUGGGGGAGGACGAUUGAGUGUGAAAUCAGGCUGGACCACUACAAACACCUAAGGAACCUACAACAAGCCACUCAAGCAAUGGAAGACAUUACGUCAGAGAACAGGUUUGAACUGCUAAGGAGGGAGGGAGAAGUCAAUGAGUUCUACGCAUCUCAGUAUGCAAGACAGUCUUGUACAGUAAGGAACGAUAUACACUUACAGCAGGAGGAAUAUGAGAGGAUAUUUCAAUGGCCAAAGUCCUAUCAUAACAAGGAAAGGAAGAGGGACAGCAAGAAACGAAAGGCUCAAGCGGUAGAGGACCAAAGCAUUACAGUGGAGGGAAGAAAUGACCCAAUGGAGGGACCUGCAAUGGAAGAAGAACAAGGGAAGGGAGAGAGUGAAGAGGAAGAGAUCCAAGAUUUGAGAAGGCAAGCCGCGAUUUUGGUUGUGCAGGUGAACCUGCUCAAGGACGAGAACAGGGAAUUGGAGGACGACACAGUGAAUGUACAAAAAAUAGCGACAGGACAGUGGAAAGAGAUUGAAGCCGCGGCCAGACUGAAAUCCAAAAACGGGAGGAGGAGAAGAGUAGUCCUUCCAUGUCGAUGGAAUGCAAGUCACUCGGACUGGGAAGUGGCAAUCUACCAAUCCUUACAGAUGAUAACAACCCCGACUGAGGAGUGCUCUGGCUCGGAGCUUCAGAAACUAAUAGGGGGAGAGGUGCCUGCUCGUGCAUUCAUACUGAGGGAGGGAGGAGUGGAGCCGAUGGCACUAGGAGAGGAAGGAGAGGAGGGGAUAAUGACAGAUUUCGGUCCACUGCUGCUCCAAAUGGGGACCGAUGCUGAGCUAAGAGAGGGCUUGAUGUGGAUGCCUUGGCAAGUGGUGGAAACCAUUCCCUAUGGGUUGAUUGGGGGGGAACUAGGAGCGGAAUGGGUUGCAAGGUGCACAGCGGUAGCGACAAAAGUGGAGGCGUUUGCUUGGAAGCCAGACUUCUUCGAGAAGAGGCUCUGGCUUAAGAUUGCAUGAACAUUGUAGCUGUCCAGAGGAUGCAUGUGGAACCUAAGGGUCGACUUUGUCAUUCCACAUCAUCAAAAGAGAAACAAAAUCAUGCCUUGUUA